AUGGUAUUGAUUGGCACUCGGCCUCAAAUCCAAUGGUGCUGGUUUGAGUUGAAACGAAAAUUUUCAACCUCGCCAAAAGUAGGAAAUAUCACACAAUUUUACCUUGACCUUAUGAAAAGAGGUCUUGUUUCUGCAUCUCACCCCCCUAAAUUAUCUGAUAAUUUCGAUGUACUGAAAACUCUUCCUGAUGUUGUAUACGCAGGAUUCGAUCCAACCGCGGAAAGCCUUCAUAUUGGUCAUUUGUUAAUAUUAACUAAUUUAUUUCGAUCAACUUUGUACGGAUGUCAUGCGAUCGCUUUAAUUGGUCGAUCUACUGCUCGAAUUGGCGACCCAAGUGGUCAUGACAAAGACCGAGUGAUCGUUUCAAGUCAGCUGGUCGACCAGUAUGCAAGUAAAAUUAAUUCUCAGUUGAUCAAAUUAUUCAAAAAUUUUACUGAAGACGAAGGUGAUAUCAAAAGGCUAUCAGUCAUGGAUAAUUUCAGAUGGCAUAUGAAUAUGAGUUCGAUUCAGUUUUUGGAACUCUGUCGAGAUUUUCGAGUAAGUGAUAUGCUUAGGCUUGGGAUGGUCAAAUCACGUAUACGAAAUGGGUCAGGCCUAUCUUGUACGGAAUUUUUAUAUCAAGUAUUACAGUCAUAUGAUUGGUAUAGACUUUUGUGUGAAUACGAUUGCCAUUUUCAGAUGGGUGGGAAUGAUCAACUUGGCCAUUUAAAUGCAGGGUACGAUUAUAUUAAGAAAAAAACUGGGAGAUUGUGCGUUGGAAUUUGUCUGCCCUUGCUGACUGAUGCUCGAGGAAAAAAACUUAGUAAGACUUCAAAAGAAAGUAAUAACAUUUGGCUAGAUGAACAAAAAACAUCACCGUUCACGUUCUAUCAAUACUUUCAUCAGAAAGCAGAUUCAGUAAUAAUUCCACUGCUGAGGUAUUUUUCUUUGCGGACAAUGGAAGAGAUAGAGGAAAUAGAACAUGAGCAUGCGGCGAAUUUAGGGAAGUGGAUUGCUCAGAAGAAGUUAGCCGAAGAUAUGACUAAACUUGUUCAUGGAAGAGAUGGCUUAAAAAGGGCAGAAAGCUGUUCGGAGAUACUUUUUCAUGGGUCUCUUCAUGAGUUAGGCAAUAUGUCGACUUCAUCAAUAGAAGAGCAGUUUGGAAGUGCACUUGUGCAGCAGCUUUCUCGAUCCAGUUUUUCGACAGUGGGUGAAUUGGCAAGGGAAGUGCAUGCUGGGGAAGGAUCUAGUGAUAAUAAAAUGAAAGCAGGAGCUCUAAAACUGAAUGGAUCGCGAUUUACAGAUCCUGAUGAAACGAUAGAUUUCAACAAAAUUUGUUUCAAGAACAAUGAUAUCACACUUGUUUGCUGGGGCAAGCGAAAGUAUCAUCUAGUUAGAUGGACUGAUUAA